UAACAUUUUUUUUCCAUAGGGCGACAUGGCUGAACGCACCAAGAAGGUCGGAACUGUCGGUAAAUACUGGACGCAUUAUGGUGCCUCCCUCAGGAAAAUGGUGAAGAAGACUGAAAUAAGCCAGCACGCCAAGUACACUUGCUCCUUCUGUGGCAAAACCAAGAUGAAAAGACAAGCCGUGGGGAUCUGGCAUUGCGGUUCCUGCAUGAAAACCAUAGCGGGUGGUGUCUCUUCCUACAACACCACUUCUGUCACAGUACAGUCCGCCAUCAGAGGACUGAAGGAGUUGAAAGACCAGUAGAAGCGCCACCAUUUGAAACAUUGCUAGCCUAUGAUAAAUGGGUUAAUUUAUACAACAAAAUUUUUUUUUUCAUAAAACAAAAUAAAUAAGAAAUAUAUCCUGUUCAGGGAUUUCAAGUGUACCUAAGUGAGAAAAAUAGGGAAAAGCAUGUCUACUCCAUCUUCCCAGAAGUGGAAGCCCUGCCUAGCGCUUUUUAAAAGUGCACAUCUGACCAUGUGAGUCACUGGUUAAAUUCCUUCAAUGGCUUCCCAUCACUAAGGAUAAGGACCAAAACCCUUUGCACAGGUCUACUGAACAAUCUUGCAUGACCUGGCCCCUACCAGUGGUAAAUGUUUAAUAACCAAAUUAGGGAGUAGGAAACCCUGAUAUGCAGCAUUUGCCCAUUUCCAUGGUGUAAAUACUACUAUUAUGGCCAAUUUCAAGCUACUAACAUGAAAUUGCUAAAUACAGAAUUGGGAAGAUGUGAACAAUGGAUUCUUGCACAUCAUUACAGACCCAUUUUUAUCACUCUCUUUGUCACCAUGUCACCGUCUCUAUGUCACUGUUAGUCCCUUCCCCUAAUUUAAACCAUCCAACAACUUCCCAUAACAUCUGCAAAUAAGAUCCCUACCUGUGAUCUGGCCUCUCUCUCUGCCCGUCUGUCUGACAUCUCUUACCACA